AUUACAACAAGAAUUACUAUUACAAUGUCUGACGAAAGAACUUUUAUUGCUAUUAAACCAGAUGGUGUCCAAAGAGGUUUGAUCUCUGCUAUCUUAGGUAGAUUUGAAAACAGAGGUUUCAAAUUAGUUGGUAUUAAAUUAACCCACCCAACCGAAGCCUUAUUAAGAGAUCACUACGAAGAUUUACAAGAAAAACCAUUCUUCCCAUCUUUGUUAUCUUACAUGUUAUCCGGUCCAGUCUUGGCUACCGUUUGGGAAGGUAAAGAUGUUGUUAAACAAGGUAGAGCCAUUUUAGGUGCCACCAACCCAUUAAACUCUGCUCCAGGUACCAUCAGAGGUGAUUACGCUAUUGACAUGGGUAGAAACGUUGCUCACGGUUCUGACUCUGUUGAAUCUGCUAACAAAGAAAUUGCUUUAUGGUUCAAAAAAGAAGAAUUGGCUGAAUACAAACCAGCUUUAUUCGGUUGGAUCUAUGAAUAAGCGAUUUAUAUUUAACCCUUAUCUAUUCACUUAAAUAUAUUCAGUUAUUCAUCUAACUUUUCCUUGUAGUUGAUGUAAAGACGUAGAAACAGUACGUGGAAUUGGGUG